AUGAGCUUGGAAUAUGCAUCAUAUGCAAUAUGCAGUGAAGGAGAAUCACCAGUUUUCCUUAUGCAACACAAUGUCACAAGCGGUAAAAUAAUUGAAAGGCUUUCUGUGGUGAACCUUGUCGAUUGUAUGGAUCAUUGUGCAGAAUCUGAUGAAUGCUUAGCUGUAAGAUAUUUGCAAAAUAUUUGCCAGCUGUUGUCAUCCGUUAAUGAAGAUUCUCCACCGGAAGAAAUUAUCUUUACCAAAAACUGCGUUAGGAGUGGGAGGAUCUGCUCAUCGCCAUUUCAUUUUGAUGCCUAUGAACAAAAAAUUCUUGUAGGAUUUGCACGCGAGGUCGUAUCCGCCGAUACAUUAUCCAUUUGUUUGGCGGCGUGUUUAAAUGCCUUUGAUGCGUUUGGCUUCGAAUGUGAAUCAUUAAUGUAUUAUCCUGUGGACUCUGAAUGCAUUUUAAAUACUGAAGAUCGGCUCGACCGACCUGACCUCUUUAUCGAUGAAUAUGAUGAUAAUGUCAUCUAUAUGGAUAAUAACUGUGCUGGUUCCCAGUGCUAUGCACCUUACAUCACACAAUAUAUAUCAGUAAGCGGAAAACAAUUAGCCAAUGAACUGGAUCGCCAUCUAAUUGCGGAUUUGGAAUCAUGCGAAUCUCUCUGCACGCAACGUUUAUCAACAACUGCAAAUGAUUUCAAUUGUAAAUCCUUCAUGCAUAAUGCACAAACAAAUGAGUGUAUACUUUCGGAUGAACGUUCGAAACCUCUCGGGCGGGCCAAUUUGGUUAAAGCAGUUGGAUUCAAUUAUUAUGAGAAAAAAUGUUUCGCUUCACCACGAACUUGUAUUAACGUUCCAUCAUUCGAACGGAUUCCACAAAUGAUCUUAGUUGGAUUUGCUGCCUUCGUUAUGGAAAAUGUGCCAUCAGUAACCAUGUGCCUCGAUCAGUGCACGAAUCCACCUCCAGAAACGGGUGAAAAUUUCAUCUGCAAAUCAGUAAUGUACUAUUAUAAUGAGCAAGAGUGCAUUCUCAAUGCUGAAACAAGAUCGUCGAAACCAGAUCUUUUCAUUCCAGAAGGCGAUGAAUUUCAGGUCGAUUACUUUGAUAUUACUUGUCACCUCGAUAGGGAAACAUGUCCUCAAAGUACGUCACUAAGGUCGAUUCGAACUCUCAAUGCACAGUUGCCAGUUGGAGAUGGUUUAAUACAUGUGCUUCAGACUACUGGCAGCUCUAUUGCUGAAUGCCUUAAUAAAUGUUAUGAAUUAGCACCUGAGAAAUGCCGUUCAUUCAAUUUCGAUAAACGAUCCUUAGAAUGUGAUCUUUUGUACGUAGAUGGCAAAACAACGCUUCGACCAACAGUACGAACGGGCAUUGACCUCUAUGACCUUCACUGUCUUCAUGCAACAAAAAGGUGUUCAAUUAGUGAUGAUGGAGCAGCUUUCUCUCGAUAUCUUUAUAGUAAACAGAGAAGUCAACCAUCGGAAAUAAGAAAGACCAUUGCUUUAGGGCAAUGCUUGGAUGCAUGCAUGAAUGCUGAAAGAUGUGAAGGGGUAAAUUACAAUCGAAGAAACGGUGUAUGCGAAUUAUUUCAACAAAUCGAUGGAAAUGGUGAAAAGGACGAUUUCAUAGAUUUUUAUAAAAAUUUGUGCUUGGUCAAAGAAAUAGAUUCAGGCAUUAGUGCAGCAAUAAAUGUUCCUAAACAAUUAUUCACAGUAAAUGAGGAACGUGAGCCAAUAACCGAAUCCAAACCACAUUCCAAAGGUGGAUUUGUCGCUGGCUCUGGUAUUAAGGCAAAACCGUUCCUCCGUGAGCAAGAAGCACAACGAAGAGCUCCAGAAACUCGGAAGGAGGCUAAAAAACCGGAUGCUUCAUUAAGUGUAUCGUCAUCAGGAAAAAUUGCAACACCAAUAAUGAUAGGAAUAGAAGCAAUACAAACAAUUUGCAAUUACGAAGGAAUAAAAGUUCAAAUAAAGAAUAAGGAACCAUUCUCGGGAGUGAUAUUCGCGAAAAAUAGAUAUGAUACAUGCAGAGUAGAAGUGUCAGAUAGUGAAAGUGCGACUCUUGUACUUGGAUUGCCACACGAUUUUGGUUCUCAGAUGGUAGAUCAUUCUGGGAAAGAAUUAAUGAAGGAACCUAUCGAUAAAGCAAUAAAAUCACCAAAUGAACUUCGUCUUCGACGUCAAGCUGAACAAUCACGAGACUGCGGCAUAGAGAAUAUGCUAAAUGGAACUUAUAAAUCAAUAGUAGUUGUUCAAACCAACAAUCUGGGAAUACCUGGUCUUGUGACUUCAAUGGAUCAAAUAUACGAAAUUAGUUGUGAUUAUAGCUCAAUGUUAGGUGGUAAAGUAUUGGCUGGAGCGAAUCUUACGGUAAAUGGCCCCGAUGCUUCAAAUAUACAACCUAAAGGAAAGAUUGAACUUGGAAAUCCCGUACUUAUGCAGAUGUUGAGUGGCGAUGGAAAAUAUCAACCAAUUUUACAGGCCAAAUUAGGCGAUAUAUUGGAACUCAGGUGGGAAAUAAUGGCUAUGGAUGAAGAGCUCGAUUUCUUUGUGCGCGAUUGUUAUGCUGAGCCUGGAAAUGGUGCACUUGGUGCAUCAGAAGAAAAACUUCAGUUGAUCGCUGAAGGUUGCCCGACACUGGCCGUGUCACAAAAACUUAUGCCUGAUCCAGUAGUAACUGUGUCUUCAUCGACUAAAAUCGCUCAGCUCCAAGCAUUUCGCUUCGAUUCAUCUAGUACAGUUAGAAUAACUUGCUACCUGGACAUAUGUUUAGGAGCCUGUGAACCAGCCCAGUGUGACCUUAAUGGAGUGCAAAAACCCUCGUGGGGACGAAAAAAAAGAAAUACAAACGAUAUUGAUAAUGCAACAUAUGAGACCGCAAGGUACAAGGUGCCGAAACACGCUCACGCUACCACUUCACUGAUUAUUAUCGACCCGAUGCAACCAGUGACUGAGUCAGUCGCACUUGCUCGAAUUCAAAAAUUCGAUUUUCUCGAAGAACAGCCGAUAAUCAGUCUUCAUACGUUACCCGGUCAAAUGUGCAUCAAAAAACUGACGGCAUUAGGAAUAUUUGGCCUUCUGUUUAUAGUUACUACCAUACAAGCCAUAAUUGUUGCUCAAUAUGCCUUUCGAAGGCUUUUAUCAGCUCAUAAAUAUUCUAACUAA